AUGGCUGUCGGAAAGAACAAGGGUUUGGCGAAAGGGGGCAAAAAGGGCGUGAAGAAGAAGAUUGUGGAUCCGUUCACUCGCAAAGAGUGGUAUGACGUGAAGAGUCCGUCGAUGUUUUCGGUGCGAAAUGUGGGCAAAACUUUGGUGAAUAAGACUCAGGGAACUCGUAUCGCAUCCGAGGGACUCAAAGGCCGUGUCUUCGAGUGCUCGUUGGCUGACCUCCAGAACGAUGAGAUCGCGUACAAGAAGUUCCGUUUGAUCGCCGAAGAAGUCCAGGGAAGGAUCGUAUUGACCAACUUUCACGGCAUGGAUUUGACAACAGAUAAGUUGCGAUCAAUGGUGAAGAAGUGGCAGACAUUGAUCGAGGCUAACGUCGACGUCCGCACCACUGAUGGCUAUCUGUUGCGCGUGUUUUGCAUCGGUUUCACCAGAAAAUGGCAAAACCAGGUGAAGAAGACGUCGUACGCACAGACCACUCAAGUGAGACAAAUCCGCAAACGUAUGACUGACACGAUUCAGCGCGAGAUCGCGUCGAGUGACCUCAAAGAAGUGGUCAACAAAUUGAUUCCCGAUUCGAUCGCCAAAGACAUCGAGAAGUCGUGUCAAUCGAUAUAUCCAUUGCAUGACGUUAUGAUCAGAAAAGUAAAGGUUCUGAAGAAACCGAAGUUUGAUUUGGGAAAACUCCUCGAAAUCCAUGGCGAGGGUAAGGGCGCGACCACUACUACUCCGGCCGCUCCCGGCGAAGAACCCAUGAAAGUGGACAGACCUGAGGGCUACGAACCGCCCGUUCAGGAGAGCGUCUAA